AUGAAUGAAAUGGCUACGGAUGAGAUUAUAUGCUGCAAUUGCGAAAUUUCAUUAGUACCAACAACGUAUAUAUAUGUUCAAUGCGAUAAUUGUCAAAAGAAAGGAUUUGAUGUUAAACUAUGCGUUUUGCAGUGUUUCCGGAUGGGUGCUGAAUGUGGUCCUCACAAGCGUGGACAUGCGUAUACUGUUAUAGAUCGUAAAGGACCUCCAUUAUUUCAAACAACAUCUGAUAAGCAUUGGGGUUGGAAAGAAGAUUUGAACUUAAUCAAAGCAGCACAUAAGCAUAAAUUAGGCAAUUGGGAAGAAAUUGCGUCAGAAUUGGGUACCGAUAAAACUGCCGACGACGCUAGGAAACGUUUUGAUCAGUUUUUUAUACGUGGUCCCUUUGGUCGAUAUGCAGCAGGUGUUAGUUCAGGGCCAUAUGUCGAUAGUCAAAAAGGUGAAGAAAUGAAUUUGUCACCUGGUUCAAAUGUGGUUGGUCAAGGACAGGCAGUGGGUAGUUCAAAUUGGCAAUAUAUUGCGGAAUUUUUCCGUGACUGGAACCAAUCUGUAAAUUUUGACGAUCCAAACUGGUUCGACCAAUUUGAAGGGCCUUUAAUGAAGUUUAAGAGUGAGUUUUGUACUUCACAAGUGCGAAGCCCAACAAGAAAGAAUGAUGAUGAGUUGUGCAGUUUUGAAAAAAGUGAUGAUCCACAUCUCACUUCUGUGACUCCACCUCUAUCACCAUUUUCUGUGGAAUUCUUCAGAUCAGAUGAGGGAAAAAGAAAGAGAUUACUCUCUGCGAGUGAUUUUGAUGAGAGCGAUGGUGAAGGGACAGCUAACUCAGAGAGCAGUAAUUCAUGUGAUUAUAAGGCUGAGUUAACAACUCUGUGUUCAAAGAAGAGUGAUAGUCGUAGUGCUCAUGUUUAUCGCAACUCAUCAGACGCCAUGCGCAGCAUAGAUGAAGGAAGUGAACCGGGACCGGAACAAAAGUAUGAAAAAAAGAAGCCAAUAUUGCAGUUGAAGCGCGUUGAAAGAAAGAGACGAAAAAAAGACUACAAAGAAAAAUUAUUUUUGAAGGAGGCGUGCAAAGGGAAACUUCUGGUUAAAAUAGAUGAAGAUGUGAAGAAACAGUUGCGAGAAUUUCAUCCACAGCAAUUUUAUGCAAACGUCUCAUUACCAUCUUUAGGAGCAGAAGAACGUUUAAAAUUAAAGGAUAGCGAUCUUCAAUUAUUGGGAUACAUGCCGGAAAGAGAGGAUUUUGAGUGGGAAUUCAUGAAUGAUGCAGAAAAGUUAAUUAGUCGUUUAAUACUGCAACCAGAGCCUGAUACAGAUGAAGACAGUGCCUUUGAAAGUGCUGUAAAAUUAGCUAAGGUGCAGAAAUAUAAUCGAAUCUUGAAACAGAGAAAAGCGAAAAAAGCAGCUGUCAAGGAAUAUGAACUUGUAAACAAGUUUUUUGACAAGAUUAAGAAAAUAGAGGAAACACGUCGAAGUUUGACACACAAUCAGCAUUAUUCAGCUUCGGCACGCCAGCGCGAACUACUUCACUCGUUUCUGAAGAAAACUUAUCAAGUAGUGAGACAAUCGGAGUUAAAGCAGUUACUUGAUGCGAUCACAGGUUAUAUUAACUUGAAUGAAAAAAUUUCGAAUUUGGAAAAUCAUAGAGUGGAUGGUAUCAAGGAUUCGAAAAAUUUUUCAUAA